CCACCCCUCAAAGCCGCGCGUUCGGUUGCACACAGGCUGCAGUUUCAGUUUGUUUUAUUCACCAUUUUGAGAAGCUGGAGGUAAAAAAAAAUAAGAACAUUUGCGCCUGGAGGACAAGUCGGUGUCGUCCUUUUAUUCCCACGCGCUAGCUCGGACGGCGGAGUUGUGCGUCAGCCUCGCUCCCCUCGGUGAUUUUGCAGAGCGGGAAUCUAUAUUUCUGCCCCCCCCCCUCUCCUGUGCUUUUUUUUUUUCUUCUCCCCCCUUUCUUACAUCCCUAACCUCUACAGUAUUCCUGCAAAAUGUCAAGACCAGUGAGGAACAGGAAAGUGGUGAACUACUCACAAUUCAAUGAGUCCGACGAUGCAGAUGAGGAGUAUGGUGACAAUAAGCCCAAGAAGGUGCGCACAGCCCCUCGUGAGCCCAAGCACAAGCGCUCAAAGAACUCGCAGGAUGACAGUGAGGACUCCGACGAAAAGGUCUCUAAACCUAAAAAUGAUUCAGCAGAGGACUUUGGCAGCGAGGAAGAAGACAAUGACUUUGGAGAGGAGGAGGAGGAAGACGGAGGAAGUGAUUAUGAGGAAAAAAAAGGGAAGAAGCCGAAGAAAGCCAAGGUGGAGAAGCCCACCAAGAGGGCGCCAAAGAGAAAACGGGCCACAGAUGACAGUGAUGACGACAGGGAAGUGAGUCGAAAGCGCACAGUGCGCCAGGCGGCGUCCAAGGCCGUGUCUAAACAGAGGGAGAUCCUUCUCGGUGAUGGAGGCAGUGAGGACGAGGAGCACGAAGACCCAGAGGAACCCUACUUGGACCCUGAUGAGUCUGGCAGCGACGAAGACUUCAUGGUGGAGGACGAUGAUGACAGUGACUAUGGCCGCUCCAAGAAGAGAGGCAAGAAGGUGAUCCGACGGGGACGGCCAGACAAGAAAGAGAAGAAGAGUCCCAAACCCCGACUAAAGGCCACAGUGACACCCAGCCCGAUGAAAGGAAAGGGGAAGGGGCGCCCCGCCAAGGUCCCGGAGAAGAGCUCACCCAAAGAGGAGGAGGAGGAGGAGGACCCCGAGAGUCCCCUGGAGGACGAAGAGGAGGAGGCCGAGAAGAAGGAGAGCUCCCCUGCCCCCAAAACGACGAAGGAGGCCGCAGGAGGCGAGGAGGAGGAAGACGAGGAGGAAGAGGAGGAUGGCUCAGAAGAGGAGGCACCCUCUGGAGAAGACUAGAAGAUGGUAUCUGUUUGAAGCCAAUCCUCAUGUCUCUCUCUCUCUGUCUCUUCUCUACGUUUUCUUUUAUUAUUAUUUUUCAGUUUUUUGUUGUGUUUUCUUUUUUUUUUCCUCCCGGUGGCCUGGCUCAAUGGAUUGGACUAGUGUCUGUGUGUUUGUGCUUCUUUUCGUUCGCCCCCCACUCAGACACUGUGCUCGUGUGAUCAUAUAUAAGGAGUUACUGUCCCUCCCCUCGUCAUCAUCAUUUCCGCUCUGCAUUUUAAGUAUAAAAACUCAGUUUUUGGGGUUUCUGCCUUUUCCAAGAGCUCAACGCUUGUGAGCAUCCGUCCCGAGUGUGAACGCACAAGUUCACCAGUGUUUCUCCCCCCAUUCAUUUAACUGAUAUCAUGAUUACUGGGCGGAUUGUUGAGAGAUUCACAGUUUCAGUAACUAGAGCGCUGUAUUUACAGGCAACCACCCGUGGGGUCCGAAGCCUUCGCCCUCUCUCUGGUGCUUGUGCUUUUUUAAACCAGGAGAAUAUUUUAAUAAUGCGACUUUUGUCAGUGUUCUUUUUCUUUUUAACUUUAAGUUAAAGCAGCAACUUUAAACUUCUUUUUAAAAGAACCCGACCUCUUGUGUUCAGAAACGAGCGAGGCGCGUUACAUUGAAAAGUUUUCCACUGCUGCGUCGUGAUUCGAACAGUCUGAGGUGUGUUACUGUGAGUGUCGGGUCACCGCCGAGUGUAUGCUAAAUGCCCGAUCGCCGGCGUGACACAUUUCAAGCCGACGCGUAUGUACCUUUUUGACUUUGUAUGCCGUUGGGGUACUUCCUUUUCUUUAUUUCCGCCUUUGUGGAACGGUUUCAUUUGUUACAUGUUGGGCUUUCUAAUGAUGCACCGUGCUACGUGACGCAUACCUUAUUAAAAACACACACACACACACACACACACACACACACACACACACACACACACACCUGCAUGGCUACAGCAUCUUCUCAUUCAACCUGUUGUGCCAGGCACCCUAUAUCUUUUUUUGUUUUUGAUUUUUGUUUUUUAAAGACAUGCAAGAAGAGAUGUUUCUUUUUCUUUUCUUUUUCCUUUUGAGAGUUAAAAAAAUGAAUGUUGUUUUUUCUCCUGUUGGUUCAUUGUUCUAAUUCUCUAUUCAGAUUUUUUUUGUAAUGUUUGUUUUUUAAGAAAAGAAAUAAAAUGUAUCUUGAUUUUAAAGAAAAAAGUCGACCCUAUCCAAUCUGUUCUGCCUGAUAGUUGGACCAGCCAGCCCUCCUCUCUCCCUCCCUCCCUCCCUCUCUUACCCCAUUGGCUUAUUGGCUACCGUUGGUAUCCAUGUCCAUUUGUUUCUUAGAACCUUUUUGUUGCUCACAUUAGUGCUUCACAAGCUUAUCCACUUUUUAAAUCCAUAAGAGUCGUACAGUACUGAGGCUCCGCAAGGAUUUAUAUGACUAGGUGGGCAGCCGUAUGUGUCUGGCAUUCAUUUGUCUAUUAAUGCCUUAAUUUUUAAUUGAGUUGAGUUUUCAGUAGUGGCUCUGAUAUCCUCACUGGAGGCCUGAGAAUGUAAUCUGUCCUCGUGUUUUAAGUCAAAUUAGGCUACGAACGAGUCAACGAUUUGUACGAACAGCAGACCAUCCAAAGCCAUAAAAGAUCUCGAAAACAAGUGACUCGGAGAUCAGGUGCGGCACUUGUGAGAUUGAAUUUUUUUGCGAUAGGUAGUAGUUUGAUGUCAAAGCAAAAAAACAAACGAAACAAAAAAAUCGGAAAGAGUUGCUGUUGUGGUCUUGGGAAACUAAACCUCAUUUAUUAGGUGUUUGGUCAGGAGGGAUUCUGAUUGGUCCCAAGCCUGCAAGAGGAGUCGGUCCUGGACUGGUCCAGGACACUCGGUACUCGUCCCUGGUUCAGAAGCACAUUUGAUUGUUUUACGACAGACGUUAGCGGGUUACUGUAGUUUUUCUAUAUUCAGCUCCUAAAUUGGCACCCAGUCCUUAAUGUCAUUUUAAGACAAUUGGAUACUUGGAAGUGAGAAAAGUGAGAAAAUAAAAACGGCGGGAAGAAAAAAAAACUUUGUUUAUACCGAUGUAAAGCUCCAAGAGCUCUGUUUUCCGCAGGCUCAGUUACUGUCUUGUAGUUCACAGCACCGGGGGGCUUUGAACGAGUGGUCCUCGCCAUCAUCCCACAGGAGGCACAUGGCAUAAGGCCGUGAAUUUCUCCUUUUUGUCAUCCAUUCGACGACUUCUUCUGUUGUACUGUUUUCUGACGUUUUUUCUUUUCUAUCUACCUUCAGUUGUACUGGCAAAUGUAAAAAAAGAAAAUGUAAGCCAAGUUGUGAUUCUUACCGAAGACAAAGUGGGGAAAGCUUUUUGUCCAUAGCGUGGAAAAAAAGGGAACGCUGAACUCUUGAAUCUUUUGCAUGUUGUUGGAAAAAAGUGCGAAGCGAUCAUGAUGAUGAUGAUGCUGGUAAAUGCAAUGGCAAUAUUGUGGUCUUACAAAAAAAAAGUAUUAACAACGAUGAUGUUGAUAAUGUUUGGUUUCCCAGCUUCUAAUAAAGGCAACCUACUUUUUA